AAGUGUUCGUGAACUAUUAUGUUAGUGAGAAUGCAGCUUAACAUAAUUUGUUUAAUUAUCAAUAAAAUUAUUUUUAAAGAAUUUUGAAUAAACAAUUUCUAUCUUAUUCUAACAAUAUGGAUGAAGAAAUGCGUACUCUUUGGUGUGGAAAUUUAAGUGAAAAAGUGACAGAAGAAAUUCUAUAUGAAUUAUUUUUACAGGGUGGUCCAGUACAAAGAGUUACUAUUCCUAAAGAUCGUGAUGGCAAACAAAGAACAUAUGGAUUUGUAACAUAUAAACAUAUCAAUUCUGUAUUAUAUGCCUUAGAAUUAUUUGAUGGUACAUCUUUAUUUAAUCGUCCUCUUAAUAUGAGCCCAAGGAAAAACGCAUUAUCACAAAUUAACAACUCUCAAGAUAAUUUUGUUCAUUUGAAUCAUUGGCUUCAAUUAGGUCAAGAAAUGUUAUUAGGAAAUGAUAUGUCUCAUUUGAAAGGAGAUACAUUCGGAAUGAAUAUGAUAUCAAAUACAGAUUCAUAUAUGAAACAUAUAGAUAAUUAUUCUUAUAAAGAUGAUAGAAGGUCUCGACGAGUACAUCCUUAUCAUAGAGAACAACAUAAAAAUAGUAACCAUCAUAAUAAUCAUAAGAAUAUUCAUUAUUCCAAACGCGAUUAUAAAAAUAUUAGACAUAGUUACUCUUAAUACAUCUUAAUUUAAAUAUAAAU